AUGUCACUGCAAGAGGGCCCAUGCAGUGGCAUCGCUGGGCCACCACGGCGAGGCCGAACUUCGGCCCGGGCAGACGCUGCACGUCGUCAACGCCUCCUACCCGGUGCAUGUCGAGUUCCGCGGUCCGGCCUCCCCCCCGCCCUCUCCACCCUGGCCUCCGCUUCGGCCUCCGCCUCGGCCCUGGCCCCGGCCCCGACCACGUCGCCACCAGGGCGACCGUCCCAUCUUCCCAAGCGCGCCUGGCACUCCCCGUCGGGGUCGGACAGCCAGGCGGGAUCCGUCAGGAAGUUCCUGAAAUUCGUCGGCGGCAAGGACCGCGCGAAGGACAACUCCCCGAGCGUCUCGCCAACCAAGGGGAACGCGCAGAAGAGUCCGACCGGCCAGCGGGGUCAGCCGGCCCACUGGAGUCAGAGCCUGAGGGAUGCCAUGGAUGACCCGAGCGCGCAGAUCUUUUUCGAUGACCAGGCGGUGGUGAUCCCCGACAAGUUUCCCCAGGCGCGCCACCACCGGCCCGUGCUGCCCUGGCGGUUCGUGGCGAACGUGGGCGUGCUGCGCGCCGACCACCUGCCCCUGCAGCGCGACGUGCACGACGUGGCCGAGCGGCUGUCCCGCAAGGUGCAGCCGUUGGGCGCGGCGACGGCGCCGCCAGCGUCCCGCCUGGGGUACCACGCCGUCCCCAGCAUGAGCCGCAUUCACAUGCACAUCAUCAGCCAGGACUUCGGCUCGCCGAGGUUGAAAACUAAGAGGCACUGGAACUCUUUCACCACGGGGUACUUCAUCGACUCGGAGGAUGGCCGCCUGAGGCGUGCGCUCCCAGCAGCGGCUGGCGGGGCCAUUUGUGAGGGGGCCGAG